AUGCAAGCGCUCAGAAAAACAUCGUCGUUGCCUAAGACUUUAAAAACAUUGCUACUAAGCUUGGCUGUGUCUGAUCUGGGUGUAGGCUUACUUGUCCAACCACUGUAUGUUGCAAUUCUUGUGAUGAAAAUAAAACAAAACACAAACAGUACUGCUUAUUAUACAGUAGACGAAGCUUAUACAAUCCAGAAAAAAACAUUGGUAUCUGCUUCGCAUUUUGGUGUUUUUGGAUUAGCUGUGGACAGAUUCUUGGCCAUUCAUCUUCAUCUCAGAUAUCAGGAGCUUGUGACUCACAAACGUGUUGUUGCUGUUGUGAUCUCAGUCUGGGUGUUUAGUGCAUCAAUUUCCUUUCUACAUCAGUUGCAUAAUUCUGAUAUUAUGCAUGCGGUCAUUUUAUUUGUUUGUGUCGUAACUACAGGAUUGCUUUAUUGCAAGAUAUACGCAGCCGUGAGACACCACACAAAGCAGAUUCACCGUGACGCUCUGCAAGUACAACAGGCGACUCAGAAUGAAGAUAUGGCAAAUGCCGCAAGGCUGAAAAAAUCUUCACUGGCUACAUUCUACGUUUAUUUCGUGUACUUAGUUUGCUAUUUGCCAAUGUUUUGUGUUCUUUUUGCCAAGACCACUGGUGAAACUCCCUUGUUAUCUCAUUUAUUGCAUAUCACAUUGACUCUUGUGUUUCUCAAUUCAUCCCUCAAUCCCUUGAUCUACUGCUGGAAGAUGAGACACGUUCGACAAACUGUUUUGGAUAUACUUCGAAAUAUUUUCGCGAUUGGUCCACACUAAACAAAGGAUCUAACUGAGAAUAAAUUCUGCCUUUUUCUCUCUGAGUGGUGAAAAUAAUUCAAUGUUAUAGCUUUCCAGCAAUACAGUUGGAAAAAUGACACUGCAUGUAAAAGGGAACUGAAACCUCUUGUACUCUCUGUUUGAAGGCAAAGGGAUAAAUAUAUGAUCAAGUAUAAGAUCAUGAGAUUACAGUUUGCUUUGGAAUAAUUAACAAAUAACGGAAACUGUGAAAGUAUUGUUUAUCAAAGACAGAAAGAGGGCAAAAAGAAAACACUAGGUGGUUUAGGACGAAUGACGAGCGAUUUGAUAAACAGAGGGCCAAGUUUCCAAAUUUCAUGGGCAAAAAGUUCUGUGUAAAGGAAAGCCUCUUAAAAAGUUUACUAGAUUUUGUUAACCAUGGUGCAUGCAAUGAGGAAAACUAACUAAAGAGGAGAGAGAUCAAAACUAUGUCAAUAAAUCUUCCAUAGUAAAUGUAGCAAGAGUCUCGAAAAUAUUUACCAAUAUGACAACAACAACAACACAAUAGUAAUAAUAAUUAUUAUAAUAAAAAUAAUAAGAAGAAGAAUACUAAUAAGAAUAAUAAUGAGAAGAGAACAACACAGCCUAUUUGUUGAGAAAGACGAAAACUAGUAGUUUAUACUGUUGAGAAUAUAUAUUAAAAUACUUGUAAUUAAUUCAUAUCAAUAAAGUUUACGUGAAAAAGUUAAAGUGUUUUGAAGAAUGGAAAAAUAUACCAUUUAAUCAGGGUUUUUUUAAAUUGUCGAGUCCAGAAAUUACUGAAUAAGAUCACUACAUUUGAAAGUUUCAGACUGGGAAAGAAAGAGCUUUCCUGACAGCGAAACCGAUUGGAACAAAUGAUCGAUAGCUAAAUGACAUCAUAAUACUAAAAUACCAUAUUACGGAACAAGAAAGCAGUCAUAAUAUGGCUCCAAUAUCAAGCAAAGAGCUCUUGCUCUGAGAUUAAAAACUUAGAAUCAUAAUGUUUGACGAAACAAUUAAGUAUAAGGCCCAGGGCUGAACCUAAGUACACAGUUUCCUCAUGUCCUAGUUCAACGUCUUGCAAGCAACUCUCGGUACGUGCGUUUACAAUAAAGUUGAAACUUUGUACGAGACCGUACUUAAUGUUUCCAUAGGCAUUUAGAACGAGCGAGUCCAAAAAAGUAAAUAUUGUAACCAAUGAUAUAUAACACAACAACAGUAACAAAGUGAAAAUGAAAAAAAAAUUACAAAAUCGUAUAUUUUCCACUAUUCUUGAACUAAAAUGCGUUUUCUCCAACACAUUAAUUUUGCUGUUCGGUGGUUACGAGCGCUCUUUCAUAAGAUGAAAGUUCGCCCCCAAUUUCUGUUUCAAGGGAGGGAAGGAAGAAAAGUAUGCUCUUGUCAUUUAGCAACUUUUAACCGCAAAGAAAAACACAAUCCAUGCACACUUCAUACACACUGAAGUUUCUUUUUUUUUUGGCCUACAAUGUAACUUCUGAGUCCACCAGUAAAUGUGUGAGCCAAUAAAGACAAUAAAGUCUAAAGUUUUUACUACCUACAUUUAUCAUUUGUCAAGGAGGGGGUGAGGCUAAUUAUUGUUACAUCAGUUUUAUCCAAAAAAAAACAUUUUUCCACUUCCUCGCGUAUACGUGUAUAAGAAGACAUUUUACAAGGAAAUAAGCGAUUCUUUCGUUUAUUUGGUACGCAUUAAAUUGCGCGCAAUGAUGUUGUUUUUGAUACAUUUCAAAUAAAAUGAAAUUGAGAAAUAGUUGAUUGUCGUUUAAGGUAUAUAUAUAUUGCUUUUUGCAACAUGAUUGCUCAUCGAAUUGCCACGUCGUGUUGGCUGGUGUCGUAAAGUUGAGGCUACAAUGGAUAUUUUAAACAUUCUGAUCAUUUGCUACUGAUUAAACUUUGACACACAAUACAGUCCAAGACGGCAUGAUUUGUUUAAGUAACUACCUACUGUGACUUUGUUUAACACCCUAGCUAGCAAGUUUUUUCUAAUAGAUAAUUUUUUUUUGUUAUCUCAACUCCUCCCUGUGACUCGUCAUAGAUCGUUGUUUACCAAAAGGUCUGCCCCAUAUUGUUUGCAUGGGUCCAGUAAAUACAUUGGAUUGGUCUUCGACGUGAUAGUCGGUUUUUCCUAUAAACCAUCGUUAAACUCUUUCUUUGUGUAUGACUUUGUAUUAGCGAUUGAUUGCAACCAGCUGCUGUUAAUAGAGCGAUUUUCGUAUGACCUUGAAACGAAAACGCGCCAACAAAACACAAACAACAAACAAGCGGAAAUAGGGCGAUUUGAUUGGUUUAUCGAACGGAUACAAACCCGCGUGGCUUUUGGUUGGUUAAGCGAACGCCCAGGUGAAAAAACUUCACGCCCGAGAACUUUCUAGAAAUCAAUCGAUACUUCGGUUUGACGUCAUACUUCAACACGAUUGGCUAAUCGAACAAUGCCUUCUCCAUAUUAGGGUUUUCUUUGGCGGGAAAACGGAGAGGUCAUGUUUUGAUCCUUUCAUCCAUUGGCUGAUAAAACAAAUAACGAACACUUACCGAAACCAUUUUUUAAGGUCAUACGAAAAUCGUUCUACUUUAAUAUUGCUUCAGUAGUUUCAAUCUCUUCCUUUCUGACCGACGAACUUCAACACUUAGUUCGACCUAUCACGUUUCGGUUUAAAUGAAAAUAUAUUCACAUUACUGUGUGAUGAGGACGUCAUAUUUAAAUUCUGAAUUACGGGCACUAGUAAGACAUAGUUUUAAUUCCAAACAAGUGAAUAUUUCGGAUGCUAUGAGUACAACUUUAUGUUUUAAUGGAGAGAGAAAAUAUCGUCUUGUUUAUUAAAUGCGCAUUAAAUUGCGAGCAAUGAUGAACUUUCUUUGAUUAAACUAAAAAAACUGGGGAUAAUAUGAUUCACGUUUUGAUAGCUACCUCGGAUGAAUUUAAUACCACCAUCCAUUAAGUUAAUAAAGCAUAGUAUAUUGUUUUUGAAUACUUUUUUAAUAAAAUGAAAUUGACAGAAGCAUACUUUCUGAGUUGAUUGUAGCUUAAAACAUAUAUUGCUUUUUUGGAACAUGAUUACUCGCUGAAUUUCCACCUGGUGUUGGCUGGUUUCAUUAAGAUAAGACUGCAAUGAAUGUGUUAAACGUUAUGAUCGUUUGCAAAUGAUCAAGUCUGACACAUAUAACCUGAGAUCAGGCGUUAUUAUUUAUGAUGAUUAUUAUUAUUAUUUGCUUCUUUGCUUCUUUGGCGCGACAGGGAAAAAAAUAACGCCUGAUACAUUCAUUUAACAAGCCAUUAACCGCCCCCUAAUUUACAUAAUCUCACGUCCGCUUGACCUGUCAUGUUAUUAGCCAAUCAGCGGUUACCAGACGGGAAUCAAAUUUUUGUGGGAAUAAUGUCUCUUUCGCCGAAAUCAAUUUUAGGGAAGAGAAAAUUUUUAAGUACGUGCAGAUGGUGCUUCCUUAAAAAAAAAUUUAAAUUUUUUUUUUACCUUUAUUUAACAGCUACAACUAAUAAAGAAUUUACAAGCUCGUUGACUUCGUUCUGUAGCGAAAGCAGUGAAAAAAAAUUAGGCUGGAGCAUCAUAUUUCACAAACUGAAAAGUGCUGUGAAAGCGAAGAUCGCUCAGACUGAUUCGCAGGUUUCUGAAGGAGAAACUACAGUCAAACCAGGUCGAGAGUCCAUUCAUGAAUUGAUUAUUUGAAAAGUGAACCCGUUUGUCGCUUCUGUAACUUGUAGCCAGUAUCAAAUUGCAUUCAAAUGAUCGGCGAAUUUAUGACGGCAAUUUUUAGUAAAGGAUGAAAUGGAAAAUAUUUCAAUGUCGGAAAUUUCUAUUUAGACGUUCUUCAAAUUCAAGAAAACUGAGUUGGCAAAAAUUUCAUAACGAACUCGCGUGUGUAUUAACUGCUCAUUACGCAAGCAAAAUGUAGACUGAAAUCAACAACAACUAACGGAUGGCGGCGUUUUGGCCAAUCAAAACAGCGCAAAUCAUCCGUAUUGUUUCCUAUCCAAUCAGGAAAAAGUCUAGAUUCUGGCUUUUUUGCAUGUGAGAAAUGUAUCAUGCCCUCCUCCCGAAAACAGAUUACAGAGAUACAGGGAGAGGGCAGGAUCGCAGGCUAGACACAUGACCGAAUGAUUUGUCAAGUAACUACCCACUGUGUCUUUGUUUUAAAACCCUAGCUAGUAAGGUUUUUUUAUAGGUAAUAAGUUUUUUUUUUCUGAACCCCCAGUCCUAAGACUCGUCAUAAGUGGUAUUUAAUUAAAAUUUGUUCGUUUUUCUAAUUUUUACUUGAGUUCAGCAAACAAGUUGGAUUGAUGUCCGACCUAAUAGUCUGCUUUACCUAUAAACUAUCACUAAACUCUUUUUGUUUGACUGUUUAUCUGCGAUCCUUUGCAAACCAACUGCCUUUUCUAAUUUAAUGUUGCGUCAGUAGUUCAAAUAACUUUCUUCCCUUUGACUGACGAACUCUCAACACCUACAAAGCUCGAUCUUUCGCGUUUCUGUUAAAAGAAAAUAUAUUCAAAUUUCUAGCUGUGCAAUGAGGAGAACCCCGAGCAUUGCACUGAAAGUUUAAAUUUCAGAUAAGUUGAAAUUUUAUAUUUUAUGAGUGCGCUUCAGGGACUCUCUUAUACCAUUGGCUGUAUUUAUACCAGUCAAGAGGACGUCUAAGACGUCUUAGACCUUUAAGACGUUGCUUCUAAGCCUGUGUAUUUCUGAUCUAGGUGUAGGUUUUCUUAUCCAGCCACUCUAUGUUGCAUAUCUUACGAUGGAAAUAACUAAAAACAGUAAAAAGACUGACAACAUUAUUGCUUAUUGGGCUGUUGUUAAAGCAUAUGCCAUCCCUCACAGUUGA